AUGGUCCAAGGAAAUCUCAGGCAAAAGAGUUUACCUCAAUCGUUACGGAUCAAGACAUGGCUCUUAUCCGUGGGGAUGUCAUUCUCUUCAUUCCUUUUCGUUGGUGGUGCGAUGGAACAGGCAGAUGGCGCUCUUCAUGCGGCUUUGAGCUUUAGAAGCUUUUCUACUUCAGGAUAUGAACGGGGCGGAAUGUAUACCCGCCUUGAGCCGUCUGCUUCUACAACGGACCGCGUGCUCAGAGAAAAAUCGCAAACAUCCGGCGAUUUUCAAUUUGGACCGGUCUCGGACCCUCUGGAAAAGAAACCAGCAAGGGUUUGGACCCCGAAGCACUCUCCUAGGAGGUUAGGCCAAAGAAUGAAAAUUGCCUUUCAAGAUGCGGUUUCCCUAAUCGCAAAGCCACGGUCUUGGGGGGGUAAAAGCCCAGUCAGUCCACACCCAAGCUGGGUGCCAGUCAUGGUGAUUGACAGUCCCGAAACCGCCCAGAGAUAUGUCAAAAACUUCGAUCCGGAAAUGUUCACAGAGUAUAUAAAGCAACAAACAUUAAACAGUCCAAGCUUUGAUCCUAUGUAUCAGUUGGCCAAAGCUAAUGAGAAGAGUUAUACCAUAGGAGAGAUCCAUACAAGAAUUCUUUUACUACAGCCUUUCGAGGCUGGUGAUCAUGCAUUCUCCCUUGCAAGUAGCCGAGCUCGACAAGCCGCUCACCCAGGAUUCGAAUACUUUGACAAUACUCUGGAGGGGAAAAGAAUUCAAAAAAUCCUGAUCGAUCUAAUCCCAUCUUAUCUUAGAACACGUCCCGAUGAAUCUAAAUCUCACGAAAAGGAAUGGAAAUUUUAUCAAGACCUGGAGAAGCGCCUAGAGGACUCUGAAAUGAUUAAAUAUGAUCACAUGGCCAUUUACUCAUUUGUUCACGAACUAUAUCAAAGAGUCAGACCUGAGACAGUAUGGCUGGACCGCUUAACAAAUGAUCAUGUCGAACAGUCGAUUCCCGUGAUACUAGCGGCCCGUCUACACCGACCUUAUCAAAAAAGCGAUUUAUUAAUAGACGACAAUCUGUACAUCAGACAAGUUCUCGGAUCACUGCAUACCUUCAUCCUAAAGCAUCCAGGAUCUAAGCGGCCCGAAAUUUCUCGAGCGAUCAAAGAGUUUUAUCACAUCACAUCCCUUAGACAUUCUAAUUCACCUGAUAUAGUAUGGUUGGUGAAGAACCUGAAAGACCAUUAUGCUUCGCUGUCCUCCCCAAAUGUGCUGGCUUGA